AUGGCCGACGAAAAGGUGUCGGUUCUGUCUCCCGACGACAAGGUCGCCAUCGACCAACGUGAACAUAUCCCCACGGCGCCUGCAUCCGUUGAUGCAGAGAAGCUGGCAGCUCUGGACGAAGAUGUUGCCGGUGAGGUCAAGAACCCUCUCAAGGGCAUCCCACGCGACGAGCUGCUCGCCGACGUGAAAAAGUACCACGCCGCCCACAACCUCGAUGCCGAUGUCCUCCCCCAUCUCCUCAAGGGAGCUCUCGUGGCGCAAAAUCCUGCCGGAUUCAACAACAUUGAAGACCUCGAUGAGAGCGAGAGACAGGCUCUGCGCGAAGAGGUCACUGACCGCUGGAAGCACCCCUGGGCGCUCUACUACACCAUUGUUCUCAACUCGAUUGCUGCCGCCAUUCAAGGUUGGGAUCAGACUGGCUCCAACGGCGCCAACCUGAGCUUCCCGCAAGCCUUUGACAUUGUCGACGACUGCUCUGUGAACCCUGAGAACUGUGCGCGCAACAGUUGGAUUGUGGGUGUCAUCAAUGCCAUGCCCUACAUUACCAUUGCCCUAUUUGCCGGUUGGAUCUCGGAUCCUCUCAACGACUUGCUCGGCCGACGCGGCGUCAUCUUCCUUGCCGCCAUCUUCUCUGUUCUGUCACCCUUUGGUAUGGCUCUCUCACAGACCUGGGUCCAGCUUCUUGUUUGCCGUGGUCUUCUUGGUGUAGGCAUGGGUCUCAAGGAAGUGACUGUUCCCGUCUUCUCGGCUGAAAACGCCCCCACUGCCAUCCGUGGCGCUCUGGUCAUGUCCUGGCAGAUUUGGACUGCUUUCGGUAUUGUCAUGGGCUACUCUGCCAACUUGGCGUUCGGUCGAGUCCCGGAGAUCUCUUGGCGCCUGCAGCUCGGCUCUGCUUUUUUCCCUGCCGUCUUUUUACUGGCUGGUGUCUGGUUCUGCCCCGAGUCUCCUCGAUGGUAUCUCAAGAAGGGACAGCACGCCAAGGCCUGGAAGUCGCUGCUGCGCCUGCGAAACACGCCCCUACAAGCCGGCCGUGAUCUCUACUACAUCCACAAGCUCCUCGAGUAUGAGCACAACCUCAUCCAGGAGUCUGGUCUCAACGUCAACGGCGGCCUGUUUACCCGCUUUGUCGAGCUCUUCACCAUCCCACGCAACCGUCGCGCCACUGCCGCCUCUGGUAUUGUCAUGAUUGCGCAGCAAAUGUGCGGUAUCAACAUCAUCUCCUUCUACUCGAGUACCAUCUUCCAUCUCUCUGGUGUCGACUCUUUCACUGCCCUCUGGGCUAGUUGGGGAACCGGUGUGGUCAACUUUCUCUUUGCCUGGCCCGCCGUAUGGACCAUUGACACCUUUGGUCGACGAACUCUGCUGCUCUUCACCUUCCCCAACAUGUUCUGGACACUGUUGGCCGCUGGUCUCUGCUUCUUGAUUCAGCAGGAAGUCGUGGAGAGCACUGCCCGAUUGGCUGCUGUAGGCACGUUCAUCUACCUCUUUGAAGCAUUCUACUCUCCUGGCGAAGGCCCUGUUCCAUUCAUGUACUCGGCCGAAGUCUUCCCUCUGUCGCAUCGUGAGGUUGGCAUGUCGUGGGCUGUUGCCACCAACAACUUCUGGGCGUCGGUCCUGUCGUUGACGUUCCCUCGCAUGCUUCAAGCCAUGACUCCCACCGGAGCUUUCGGUUUCUAUGCCGGUCUCAACUUGAUCGCGUUGGCUCUCAUCUUCCUGUUUGUCCCUGAGACGAAGCAGAAGAGUUUGGAGGAACUGGACCAGGUGUUUGCUGUUUCCACUCGCCGACACGCUGGCUACCAGCUGUUCGAGGUUCUUCCCUGGUGGAUCAAGAAAUGGAUCUUGUUCCAGAACCCAGGUCCUUGCCCCGAGUUGUAUGAAUCGGACAAGAUUGCUAGCAGCAAGGAGAAGGAAGCGUUGGCUUAG